UUCUAGCCCGACUCUUGUCUUGGGUUACACGUUCGAGUUAAAGUCAUCAUAGUUACUGUGAUAUUUUGAUAAGAAAAUAAAUAAUACUGGAUCUAUUACCAUAGGCAUAAGCCACCAUGCGCGCCCUCAUACGGAAUAUCACGAGUUACUAUCGCUGGCUGAACAAUGACCUCGCUGAUCCCCGGACGAACAGUUUCCCCCUAGUCUCGAGCCCAGUCCCCAUAAUCCUGAUAUUGUACCUAUACCACAAGUUCGUGCGGUCAUGGGGCCCCGCCUUCAUGGCCAAGCGUGAACCGUUCCAGCUGAAGAACGUUAUUAUCAUUUACAAUAUAGUGCAAAUCGGAUUGUCGGCGUAUCUCACAAUACAAUGUCUGUCCAGGCUGUACCUGUCAGGCUACUACAGCCUGUGGUGCCAGAAGAUUGUGUAUGAGGACACGCCGCUAGAGCGCGUCGUCGUCAAUCACGUGUGGCUCUAUUACAUGAUCAAAGUUAUCGAUCUAUUGGAUACGGUAUUCUUCGUAUUACGGAAGAAGUUCAACCAAGUAUCGUUCCUACACGUUUACCAUCACUUAGGAAUGUGUAUACUUGGGUAUAUUGGCACCAAAUAUGUACCUGGAGGUCACGGCAUAAUGCUGGGCUUCAUAAACUCGAUCGUGCACGCCGUCAUGUACUCGUACUACCUGGUCUCCAUCGAGCGCCCGCAGUGGGUGCGCCAGUGGUGGAAGAAGUACAUCACGCAGCUGCAAAUUUUGCAGUUUGUCCUCCUAAUCCUACACUUCGGCCACGUGCUGUUCGAGCCUUCGUGCGAAUACCCCAAAUGGGUAUCCUUCAUGUUCCUACCACACAACAUAUUUAUUUUAUUUUUAUUCUCAGACUUCUAUAUCAAAGAAUAUAUUCUUAAGAAAAAUAAAAAUAAAGUUAAAGCUAAGUAGGUAGAUUAUUAAGCAUAUAAUUAGAUAGGUAGUGAAUAUAUUAUUAAUUAUAAUUAUAAUAAGUGA